UUUUAUUUUUGUUUAUCUUGAAUCACUGUUGAUAUUUUUCGAUACAGGACCAUUUUGUCUUGAAAGUAAUGAGAUGUGCAAAUUGUAGGGGAUUAAUUCUCUUUAAAGCUGAUAUUACAACAUCCUGCACACUUCUUUUAGUCGUUGCGUGUCAACUCUGGGAUGUAUUUGUGAAAUAAUCAUCUUACUUUAUUAUUAGCUUAAGUGCUUAAAAGGUGGAUUUUGGACGAAACCUUGAAAGCAUCAUCCUUCUUCAUUUCCUGGAAGGAGGAACCAGCCAAUCACGGCGAAGGUCCUCUGGCAGAGAGAGCGAAGAAGAAGCGACCCGGCGGCCACAGCAGGCUAUUAGUUACCUCCCAGCCACCGGGCUAAUAUGAGCCUUUAAAUUGAGAGUUAAGACAUUAAAACGGAUGCCUCUAUGAUCCAGCUAACCUUACAGCGAGAUAUACAGCGUUCAGUUUGCACAAGAGGUGAGCCAUGGCUGAACCGAACCCCUCCCGCCCCCAGAGGAAGAUGUCCACAGCUGGGGAGAGUGUGUACAAGGUGCUAGGGCUGGAGAAAGGAGCGUCAGCUGAGGACAUCAAGAAAGCGUACAGGAAACUAGCACUGAAGUACCACCCAGAUAAGAACCCAGACAACCCUGAAGCAGCGGAGAAGUUUAAGGAGAUUAACAACGCCAACUCUAUUUUAAAUGAUGAGACCAAGAGGAAGAUCUACGACGAGUACGGCUCCAUGGGCCUUUACGUCUCCGAACAGUUCGGAGAGGAGAGCGUCAAAUAUUACUUCCUCAUGUCCAAAUGGUGGUUUAAGGGUCUGGUGCUGUGCUGCACGUUGUUCACCUGCUGCUGCUGUUGCUGCUGCUGCUGUUUCUGCUGUGGGAAAUGUAAACCGCCCGACGAUGACGAACACUACCAGUACGUCGACCCUGAAGACCUGGAGGCCCAAAUCAAAGCCGAGCAGGAUGGAGGUUUCACAGUAAUCAUAGGCCAGCCCACAUCUAAUGUGGGUCCAGAAAGCCCAGAAGGCCAGAGUCAGCCCAUCCCUCUGCCAAUGCCAAUGCCCAUGCCUCCAGCCGAGCCCCAGUCGCCAACCAGUCCGGCCGGGGAAGAAAACCCCGGAGAAACCUUACCAGAGUCGAAAUGACUCGGAAGUGACGGAGUGGAUGAGCCCCAACUAGUGAAAGCAGCCUGUCGAGCCCCUAACAUGACCCAGCCAAAAUCGACUGCAGCCAGCAAGCCAGAGAUCAACCAGCCCAAAGCUACCAGCCGGCCCAGGCCCACACCUCAACCCUGACCUCUCAGACCACUGAGCUACCCUCUGGAAAAAAAAAAAAAUAAAGGUGGGCCUCUCCAUGGAACUCAAGUUAUGGAGGAGCGUUCAUGCAUAUUCAACUAAAACACUACGAUUUUCUCACUGAGAACUUCAGUUCCCGUUAGCCUAGCCUGGGCUAGAUGUGAUUUUGCUAGCAGUUCAGUCAUCCAGGGCUCAGCUUGCCUGGACUCCUCGCUAAUCUGUUCUUGUCAUCCCAUUACAACCAGUAAGGAUGUGACACUGGGCAGGAAGAACUGGCUGAUAUGAGGGCAAAAAAACAAAACACGGAAAGGUGUUCCUUUUUUAUUAACCUGCUAUCCAGACCAGGACUGGACUUACCCUUUUUUUAAAUUUUUUUCUCUCCUCCCAGUUGCCUCCAUUUUGGAUUCCAGUCAUCACCAAUAAUUAUUAUUAUUAUUAUUAUUAUUUUUUUUUUUUACAUUUCCCCCCUUCUUAAGUUGUUUCGGAAAGAAAACCAACAAGGGUUUAUUGGUAAAAAAAUAACUCCAGUAUGGAACUGGAUGACGUGUCCACAUCAUCAGACGCCAGCAGCAGCAGCCUGACGAUGUGGGUGAGGAGGACCUUUCUUUCUUUUUUUUUUUUUCAUAUCCUCUCCCUCCUCCUUCAGUCUGGUUCCACCACUCAGCUAAAUGUUGCGUUGCUACCCUCUAUCGUUCAUCCUUUGAAACACGCUCUUGAUGCCAAGUGCGAAGGUAAAAUGAGGUUUUCAGGAGGAGGCGGGAGGACUGAGCUUUUCACGUGAACGCACAAAUGUGAAAGGGGAGGUAGCAGAGCGAACAGAAGACGGAUUACGGGGUCAAGUGUCUGAGCCAAAACCCGGAGCGGAGGCUUCUCUCCCAGCAUGCAUGCAUUUUCCUUCCGGAUGCAUGCACCUCCUACUGUACAGCACUGGAGUCCAGUACCACAACACAUGAACAAGCUGCCUAGCCUAACCUUACAGACUACUGGUUAUACACGCCGCAGUAUAUCCAAAACAUGCACUUGUACCAGCCCGUGUGUCAUCGUGUGCCACCCUCUGCUAGAAAAAUACAACCCCCAGCAUAAUCUACUAACUCAAACAGACAAUGACUGAUGCCGAAACGAAACGCAGCAUUUAAAUGUUACCUGCAAAAUAAUAUAUUUUUUAUUUUUUUUUGACUA